AUGGCUCUCUUCCUGCUGACCCUGGGGCUGAGCCUCGUCUCCGCCCAGGAGCUCAACCCCCAGGCCAUUGUGCAGAAGAACUAUAACAUGGCCAAGGUUUCAGGGAUCUGGUAUCCGGUGUCCAUGGCCUCCAACGACAUAAAGCGGAUCGAGGAAAACGGGGACCUGAGGGUCUUCAUCCGGAACAUCGAGAGCUUGGAGGACGGGCGUCUGAGGUUCCAUUUCCGCACCAUGGUGCACGGGGAGUGCGAACACGUGGCCAUGGUCUGCGAGAAGGGGGAGAGGGACGGGGAGUACAGCAUCAGCCAUGAGGGGGACAAUACGGUGCUGCUCUCGGAGACCGACUACAGACAGUACAUCAUCUUCCACCUCCGGAACAUCAGGAACGGGACACAGACCACCGUGCUGGCACUCUAUGGUACCGCCUCCUGA